CCUCGUUUCUUUUUAGUAUCUUCAUCGUUGUUUGCCAUGCCCAAUCCAAAAGGAGGCUUUCCAUCGUCUUUCUCGCCCGGUGAAAAUUAGUCGGACUGAGAGAAUAUUGAAUCAAUAGAGACCCUAGAUAUCAUGGAUUUUGGCUCAAUAGAGUUGAAGGUUAUAUCGGCUAGUGAUCUCAAAUGCUUCAAUUUCUUCCGAAAGCUAUCUUGUUACGCCGUCGUCUCCCUUGUCUGUGAUGAAUCCAAAAAAAAGCCAGAGCAACAAUAUCUGCAGCGUCAAAAAACACUGGUCAAUGAUGAAGCCAAGAAGAAACAAAAUCUGCAGCGUAAAAAAUCGUUUGUCAAUGAUGAACCGAAGAAGCUAGAGCGAAAACAUCGUCAGCGUCAAGAAACGCCGGUGGACAGAGUGGGGGAUAGGAAUCCUGAGUGGAAUCACGAGAUGCACUUUGAUCUUAAAGAAAUCACGGUUCUUGAUGAUGACUGCAAGCAGAAUCUUUUUCUGAAGUUCGCUCUUCGCUGUGAAGGUAUCGUUAUGGGAAAGAAAACCAUCGGCGAAGUGCAGGUUCCGAUAUUCAAGGACUUGAUUAACGAUGAGCUCAACGGAACUGUGAGGUUUAUGAAAUAUCAGGUUCGAACAAGUGACGGCAAGCCUAAUGGUGUGCUGAAUUUUUCUUGCAAGGUGAAGAAGAACUGCAAAACGAAACAGAAGAGGGUCGAAAUUGAGAGCCCAGAAGUGGACUCCUCAUCUGGAAUCCAUUUCUCGGAUGCGAAAGAAGUUCAAUACCCAACCCUGGAAGUCGAAAAUCAGCAGUCCCGGGAUAUAUGCUAUCCUUCACUGGAUGAUGUUCGCUCUGCUUCGCCCAGAAUGACCAUCCCGUCUCCCGAGAAGUACCACUGGAUGCCAGGACCCUACAUUCUGACGCCGCCACCCAUGCUGCCGCACUUACCCCCUGCCUGGGAGCAACCAGCGCGGUAUAAUCCUCUGCUCUCGAUGCAAACUCCGGGGACAUAUUGGAACAACCCGGAGCGGAUCAUGGGUUAUGGUUACACACUUACACCUGGCUUGUGGGGGUACUCUGGGGUUGGACAAUUGGGGACAAUUGAAGGCGAUGCAUCCAAGAUAGGUUCUGAGAUUAAAACACACACGGGCAUGUGAUUUAGCUGUGCAAUUUCGAUGACGGUUCUAGUUAUAGCUGGUCUGUUUUGAUGCUACGAUGUAGAUGUACCCAGUUCGUAAUGGUACUAAAUUGAUGUCAGUGUAAUCCCUUCUGUUAUAGGUAGUCUGUUUUUGUCUAUUUGCGUCAAAAUUUUAGGGACAGGAGUUGCAAUGAAUGAUUAGUUUCUCUUGUUGUUUCUCUGCU